AUGUACUUUGUAUUUAGCAAUGCCCAUUUAUUCCAUGCCCGAAUCUGGACCUUCUGGUUUGUACUGUUUGGCGUCGAGAUGUGGGCUGUCAUGGGGGUUUCUUGUAUAUCUCCGGGGAUCGAGUUUCAAGACACACACCUGAAUGUGCGAAUGGGCCUUCUCACGCUGAUCAUUAUCGGUGAGGGAGUCAUCUCAGUAACUCGUAUUGUCAACAAGACUGUACGGCCCGGCGGGUGGACCAAGUGGUCAUUUGUUCAUAUCCUAGGGGUGAUUACCAAUGUGGUGAGUAUCCAGCUCUGCUGGUUUUUGACCAUCACUAAAGGGAAGCAGUAUCUGCUGUGGCAGGCGUAUUUCGACCUAACUGCUCGAGGCAGGAUGAAGAAAAGGGCCCAGAAUGCAUGGGCUCAACUGCAUUUUCCGUUCCAUGUGGCUCUCAUUCUUCUCCUUGAGGGAUCACAGAUCCUGGCUUUAACCUUGGAUGUCACACUGAAGCUGAAGUAUCUGGGAGAAACUAUUCAGUUCGCAUGCGAGGAGCCGCGUCCAGACCCCAACAAGGCUGUCGGGCUCAUCCGGAGCACAAUUGCGGACAUGGAGAUCCCCUUCAGUCACGGUGCGACACAGGAAUGGGCCGCCAUAUCAAGCCUGUUGGAUGAACUCGCCCAGAACCCUCUGUGUCGUGAACCCGAGUUGCGUCUUAAUUUUCUUUAUUCGGAAGACUUGAUCAACGACCUGAUGGGCAACGUGACCGCGGCACUUUUCUCUAGCAUGGGGAUUACACCGACAGUCAAGGGUGAUGAUAUAAGUCGUCUUGACAACGAGAAAGUGCUGCAGAUGUACAUGAAACUGCUGGCUUUUGUUUACGAAUACUUCUUCACCGUUGCCAGUCUAUGCAUGUGUCUUUUCGCCGCCUUUCUCAUUCUAACGCGCCGUCACCAGCAGCGGCUAUUCCUCGGUCUGUCGAUUGGAGCGCGGAUUUUGCUCGCUGCGUUUCUUGCUAGCCUCGUUUCCUUCGCGAGUCACUUGUCGCUUGCGUACGCUUUCAUGACUUCUCCGGUUAUAUUAUAUGCCUUUACGAUGACGCUUUUAGCGGGUGAGUCUUCUUGUCCUAUCCUCAGAAAAUUGUUCUAA